GCGGCGGACGCACUCCGAGCUUUGGGCUGGGCAGCUCCGCUUCCCUCGACCGCAGGCUUCGCCCGAGCCCACCACUGUCAGCAAAGGCUCGACCCUGCUGCGGGUUCGCUGUAUUUCCCUGGGGACUCCCGGACCCGCAGCCUCCUCCCUCGAGCUGGCCCGCCGGGGACCGCGACCCCCGGCCACGCCCGGAGCCAGGCCUACGGCAGCGAGCCCGCGGGAGGCGCGGGACGCGGGGCGCGGGCGGCCCCAGGCGGCGGCGUUGCGGCUCGGGCCGCGGCGCGAGGCCGGCCGGCCGGCGGGGGGAGGCGGGGGGCGCCAGGCAGCCCCGCCUUUUCCCCGAGGAGGUGCAGGGCGGCCAUAUUGCGGAGCUGUCUGCGGCGGCGGCGGCGCCUCUGGUCUCCCGCGGCCCAACGCUCGCACCACUGCCUCUCCCUCCCUGCCGCAGCCGCGCCGCCGCGCAGCGCCCCAGCCACACGCCGACGGGUAGGAGCCGCUCGCUCUCCGGAAAGUGUCAACAGAAUUCAUAGAAGUGAAGAAUUUUUAAGAAGGUAACGAAAAGAGAACGAAAAUGCCGAAACCAAUCAACGUAAGAGUAACUACAAUGGAUGCUGAGCUGGAAUUUGCCAUUCAGCCCAAUACAACUGGCAAACAACUUUUUGACCAGGUGGUGAAAACAGUUGGUUUGCGUGAGGUCUGGUUUUUUGGGCUGCAGUAUGUAGACAGCAAAGGUUAUUCUACAUGGCUUAAACUAAAUAAAAAGGUGACACAGCAAGAUGUUAAAAAAGAGAAUCCUUUGCAGUUCAAGUUUAGAGCUAAAUUUUUUCCUGAAGAUGUUUCUGAGGAAUUAAUUCAAGAAAUAACCCAGAGACUCUUCUUCUUGCAAGUUAAGGAAGCCAUUUUAAAUGAUGAGAUAUAUUGCCCGCCAGAAACUGCAGUUCUUUUGGCCUCCUAUGCUGUCCAAGCCAAGUAUGCAGAUUAUAAUAAAGAGAUUCAUAAACCAGGAUACCUGGCUAAUGAUAGACUCCUACCCCAGCGUGUAUUGGAACAACACAAACUAACGAAAGAACAGUGGGAAGAAAGAAUACAGAACUGGCAUGAAGAACAUAGAGGAAUGUUAAGGGAGGAUUCUAUGAUGGAAUACCUGAAGAUUGCACAAGAUCUAGAAAUGUAUGGAGUCAACUAUUUUGAAAUAAAAAAUAAAAAGGGAACUGAACUGUGGCUAGGUGUUGAUGCUUUGGGUCUGAAUAUUUAUGAGCAUGAUGACAAGUUAACACCUAAAAUUGGUUUUCCCUGGAGUGAAAUCAGAAAUAUUUCAUUUAAUGACAAAAAAUUUGUUAUAAAGCCAAUCGACAAAAAGGCACCUGAUUUUGUUUUUUAUGCACCUCGUCUGAGAAUCAAUAAGCGGAUUUUGGCCUUAUGUAUGGGAAACCAUGAACUAUACAUGCGAAGAAGGAAGCCUGAUACUAUUGAAGUACAGCAGAUGAAGGCUCAGGCUAGGGAGGAGAAACACCAGAAGCAGCUGGAAAGGGCACAAUUAGAGAAUGAAAAGAAGAAAAGAGAAAUAGCAGAAAAGGAAAAGGAAAGAAUAGAACGUGAAAAGGAAGAGCUAAUGGAACGUCUGAAACAAAUUGAAGAACAGACAAUUAAAGCCCAGAAAGAACUAGAAGAACAGACUCGAAAAGCUCUAGAACUGGAUCAAGAACGAAAACGAGCAAAAGAAGAAGCAGAGAGGCUUGAAAAGGAGCGUCGAGCUGCUGAAGAGGCAAAAUCUGCCAUAGCAAAACAAGCUGCCGACCAGAUGAAGAAUCAGGAGCAGCUAGCAGCAGAACUUGCUGAAUUCACUGCCAAGAUUGCACUUCUAGAAGAAGCCAAGAAGAAAAAGGAAGAAGAAGCUACUGAGUGGCAGCACAAAGCUUUUGCAGCCCAGGAAGACUUGGAAAAGACCAAAGAAGAGUUAAAAACUGUGAUGUCUGCCCCCCCUCCACCUCCACCACCACCAGUCAUUCCUCCGACAGAAAAUGAACAUGAUGAACAUGAUGAGAAUAAUGCUGAGGCUAGUGCUGAAUUAUCAAAUGAAGGGGUAAUGAACCAUAGAAGCGAGGAAGAACGUGUAACAGAAACACAGAAAAAUGAGCGUGUUAAGAAGCAACUUCAGGCAUUAAGUUCAGAAUUAGCCCAAGCCAGAGAUGAAACCAAGAAAACACAAAAUGAUGUUCUUCAUGCUGAGAAUGUUAAAGCAGGCCGUGAUAAGUAUAAGACUCUGCGACAGAUUCGGCAAGGCAAUACAAAGCAGCGUAUCGAUGAGUUUGAAGCAAUGCCCCUGGCUACUGACGUAUGGCAAGCUUUAGGGUAAGGACAUACGUGGUGUUCUGAAUGUGUGUAUCCUCCAAAGUCUGCAAUCUCAGCUGGAACUGGGUGGACCAGUAUUCCCUCAACCAGGGCCCUGGCCGAUGGUUCUUUCCUCAUCUCCGUUAACUGUUGGAUUUCCCUUUCUUGCUGUUCUCUCUGUCUCCAAGCCCCUUUCAAUUGCCUUUCCUAAAGACAGACCUUAGCAAGAUGGGCCAGGACUUGGGACCUCGCACGGCACCCUGCAGUCCCAAGCCAGCAUCUACUGCACCCCAUCUUUAAGACUCUAUUCCCCAAACAGAUGCUGGAAGGCAUCAGCUUCUGAGAACCCACUUUUUUCUGCAUGACUAGCUUGUAAGGAGGAAUCUAUGGAGAGGAUUUCCAAGAAUUUCCCACUUUUUCAAAAAAUAUAUGGCUUCAAUCCAAGAACAAACUCAGUGAUGAGCAGCUCCAUUUCUGUGCACAUGGUGGUGGAAUCUGCAGAAAUCGAUGCAACAUUUCUUUCCUGUCUGAGCUGUUUAUAUAAUUGUAUAUAAAUGUAGCAAUAAAUAUAUUCUAACAUCA